CGCCAGCGCUACUACUUACCACAUACUUUUUGAAGAGACCCGUCCGCUGAGCGCUCGGCUUCAGUUCUUUUGUCACUUUCCGAUAUGAUCGGAUCACUGCAGUGCCAUGGGGCACGAUCAGACGUCAGACCUAAGUACAUUGUCACGGCGCUGAGCGCUCGGCUUCAGUUCUUUGUCACUUUCCGAUAUCGGAUCACCGCAGUGCCAUGGAGCAAGGUCAGACGUACUAAUUACGCUGUGGAUGCUUGUCAGACACAGUGCCGGGGUACUUUGGGCAGACGUGUACAUUAGGCCACUGCAUACAUUGGAUGCAUCACCAUAGCUUUUCUGCAUUCUUGUAGCCCCGCUCAAAGAUGGCUGCAGCUCAACAAACUUGUCCUGGCAGCGAACUCGAUGCCCUGUUCCCCUCCCCAUCUUCCCCACCGAGUGUACUUUCCCCUCCGCGGUAUCCUGGUACUUCCCCAGAAGCAGUUGCAGCUUUGACAUAUGUCUUGAAGGAUAACCAUACGAAGUACCACAUUUUCUCCAACUACCAGCGGUUUCAUAACCAUAUCACUCAUCGCGCGCUGGCACUUUAUGCCACGGGCGCGAGUGGAUCUUUGAUCGAACAAUUCUACAAACAGGACAGCGCCCACCAGCGCCCAGCCAUCGAGCCUCCCGGGGCUAUCACCGAAGAGAAUUUCAUCGAACAUCUAGGUGACGACAACUUUUACGCCGCAUACCAAACCUUCUUCAGCAAAGUUAUCAAGGAAAAGGGCCUUAGCGCCACCCUAGAGGAAUACAUCUUCUCUAAGAAAUACAACUUUAUGGAGGGACGAGAUGCAUCCACCCAGCCGGUAAUGUUGGCUCGCUUCCUUGGAGCUUUGUUCCAUGCCUUCAUUCAAGUAGGAUAUGGUGCAGAAUUUGGCAUCUUGGGCAUGGUCGUCGAAGGUCUUGCAUUGACCAGCGUGCAUGGGCACGAGUUCUUGCCUCCGUAUCUUCUCGAGGCUAGUGGCACGACUGCAGUGGAGAGGGAAACAACUCACCUUGCCUCGCUUGUCCUCAACACCACGAGAUCUAUUACCCCUUUUCAGCUCGAACGACCACCAAAAAAUCAUGCGUUCUCCAUUCUUGCAAAGAUCAUGCAAGAUUCGGAAUUCGCACCGAAGGAAAUCAAGAAACAUUUCAUAGAUUUUGACGGCAUGAUGUCCGAGCAUGGUGAUACUAUAUGGCGCUACGCCGAACAAUGGACGAUCGACCUGUCACAGCCAGGCGAAAUCGAACGCAAGUUAGAAGAAUGUAUUUGGACAAGCACUAUCAUCUACAGUAUUGGCGGAUGGAGCAAAGACAGAGGCUUAACAGCAGACUUUUUCUUCAUGCAUCUCGUCACCUCAAGUCUCUUCCUUCCAUCCCUGUUGCCUUACCUGCCACAAGACUCGCAAGUUCUUUUGCUUCGCGGAUACUUUGCGUCGACUCUUGGGUGUUGGAUCACAUGCGGCUUCCCCAGACUGGAUAUCCAAGGCUUCCUCAGUGCAACCUCGCAUCUUUCGUCAAAGAUCGAGGUUGCUAACCCAUUCCUCCAUAUCGUUCAAUCUGCGAUAACGCACCCAAACAAUCACAUGUUGAAGAUUCAGCGCGCGCUUGCGCAUUUCUCUUCGCUUUAUGGCGCACGGCCCAAGGGCUCAUUUGGAGGCACGGACUUGGAGGGAGCAGAAGCGCUGGAUGGAUCCCUCUUCAUUAGGACCGCGAGAUUGACUGAGGAGUAUAUGAGCCAGGGAACGAGGACCUGGAGCCAAGAAGGGUUUCCUGUGAGGGCUUAGGGCAGAGCGAGGCUUUGAGAUAUAUCUACUAUGAACACCACUUACUAUUCAAUGCAGUUCGAUUCUACUUUCAAAUCUAUCAAAUAUGUUGAAGUGUA